UAUUGUGUCAGAAGACGAUCCUCCACCAGCUGUUUCCUGGAAACCAAACUUAGAGUUCAUGUCUCAAAAUCCAGAAGUUCGCCUGACCUGUGAACAGGGAUGGCUCAUUGCUGCUAUCAACUUUGCUAGCUUUGGAACUCCUGAAGGACAUUGCGGCACAUUCAGUCCAGGGAAUUGUCAUUCUGACAUGUUAACCAUCGUUCAGAAGGCUUGCUUUGGCCAAGAAGGAUGUUCAAUCCCCAUAUCAGCAGCUAAACUUGGAGACCCUUGUCCUGGAGUUGUAAAACGCUUCGCGGUUGAAGCUCUAUGCAGUGAACGAUUCCAGUUGCUGCUCUGAUGGAAGAGAGCACUAUAAUGGCUCUUCAAUGACAACUCUCCGGCUCUCCAGACUUUUUUUAAAUUUGUGAUUUUGAGGGUUAUGCAUAUUUCUGGAAUAAGGAUUUCACGCAUCCAUAAUCAAUGUCUUCUUACAGUUCCUUCACUAUAUCGUGUUUGUUCUAAAUUCAAAAAAGCAAGAUAAGUUCACAUAUGCGGACUUGUUCACCAUGUAAACUUGCAAAUCUAAUAAUCAAAGGAAAAUAUAAUUUGAGGUAGGAUCCAUCUCAUUUUCAGACUCAUGUGACUGAGCUAGUUUGCCCAUCUCAUUACAAUUGUGAAGUUGGAAUCAAAACUCAGGUGGUGUUCCGUCACUAGAGAGGGAGAGUUACUGAACUAGUUGUGUUAUUCUUUGAUUUUUACAAAUUUGGCUUAAUACAAGACCUUUCCUUUUCUAAGCUAUGUUACUAUGGUAGAAUGCUGUGGCAUCAAGUUCAAUUAGGAUUCUCAUCUCUGAUUAUAGGCCUUCCACUUCCAGUUGGAACACUUUCGA